UGUAGGCAGGAGUGGCAGUGGUGGCAAUAGAUUUAUGAUUAAUUACCGUGUGUAGUGAUGUGGUAGUACUGUCAUAGAGUGUCGGUGAUAGUGGUUCAAAGUAUAAUCUUUUGUUUAUUUUGUGUAUUUAACGAAAAUGGACAGAAAAAAAUCAGUAAAUCCUGAUCUCAUUAAAGAGAGAGAAAAAUGUACAUUCAAUACUCUAGAACUGACACACUUACUGGAUGGCAGUGCUACAAAAACAGAGGAGAGACACAGUAGAGAAAAAUUUUUCCUCGAAGACCCGGAGCUACAAUCGAACGUCCCACUGGAGUAUUUAAGUCACAAGGAGAAAUAUGAAGAUGCCGUACGAAAAGCUUGUAUUAUUUUCCGAAAAGUACAAGAGCUCCAGAACCAAGGCAAAGGCGGUAUGGACAAUUUCAGAGAAAUUUUGGGUGGUCAGCUAGGCUCUGCCAUUUUAAAAGACGGCAAUCCAUUGACGCUGCACUAUGUUAUGUUUAUCCCGACGCUGAUGGGACAGGGAACGUUUGACCAACAAGCCGAAUGGAUCCAAAGGGCAUGGAAUUGUGAUAUUAUAGGAACUUACGCACAAACUGAAUUAGGUCAUGGCACAUUUAUCAGAGGUCUUGAAACCACAGCCACCUACGAUCCCGCGACAGAGGAAUUUGUUUUGCACAGUCCAACCCUCACUUCGUACAAAUGGUGGCCGGGAGGAUUGGGCCAUUCCGCGAAUUACGCAGUUGUGGUGGCCCAACUGUACACAAAAGGCACUUGCCACGGAAUCCACCCUUUUAUAGUCCAGCUUCGUGAUGAGGAAACGCACGAGCCUUUACCAGGCAUUAAAAUCGGAGAAAUUGGCUGCAAACUUGGCAUGAACAGUACCAACAACGGCUACCUGGGUUUUGACAACGUCAGAAUACCCAGGAUUAACAUGUUAAUGAAAAAUAGUCAAGUUUUACCUGAUGGCACUUACGUUAAAUCGCCCAGUAGUAAGCUAACUUACGGAACAAUGAUUUUCGUCCGAGUUGUGAUAGUACAGGAUGCCGCACACUACUUGCGAAAGGCUGUAACCAUAGCAACACGCUACAGCGCCGUUCGCCACCAAUCACAAAUCAAACCCGAUGCACCCGAGCCCCAAAUAAUCGAUUUCGUGACGCAACAGUAUAAGUUAUUCCCGCACAUCGCCACUUAUUUUGCAUUCCAGUAUAGUGCCUCUUGGCUGUGGGACAUUUACAACAAUGUCACCAACGAGCUGGAGUCCGGUCAGCUCGAGAGUUUGCCUGAACUCCACGCUAUUGCCUGUUGCCUUAAAGCUGUGAGCAGUGCCGAUGCAGCCCAGGGUGUGGAAAUUUGCCGGUUGGCCUGUGGGGGCCACGGCUACAUGACCUCGUCCAACCUGCCCUCAACUUACGGCCUAGUGACGGCAAUGUGCACUUACGAGGGCGAAAACACCGUACUUCUGUUGCAAACAUCACGUUUUCUUAUAAAGUCGUGGCAGAAUCGUAACAAAUUGGAUAAGUUGGCGACUGUGGCGUACUUGGGCCGCAAAAUGAGCAAAAGUAACCCGUUUGAAAAGUCAGUUGAGUGGAUUAUACACGCACUGCAGCAAACUGCGGCAAGUAAAAUUGAACUGGCAAAUAACCGUAUAAAUGCCCGGGUGCGCAAUGGAAAGUCGUACGAAGAUGCCUGGAAUGAAACUUCGAUUGAGUUGGUGGCGGCUGCCGAAGCUCACUGUCGGUGUUUUAUUGUUACAACGUUUUACAACACUGUUAACGGUUUGAACGUCUCUAAAGAGCUCAAAACUGUUCUGGUACAACUUUUGAACUUGUAUGGCGUUUAUACGGCCCUUAGAUUAACAGGGGAUCUUUUUAGAUUCACGAAUAUCACCGGACAAGAUGUGGAGACACUCCAGGACUGGCUGGAAGAACUCUUGGCCCUUAUACGCCCCAAUGCAGUGGGAAUAGUUGAUAGUUUUGACAUUCGUGACGAAGUUCUAGGGUCUACCUUGGGAGCUUAUGACGGAAACGUGUACGAAAGACUGUAUGAAGAAGCAUCCAAAAGUCCACUCAAUUCCGAGCCAGUUAACAAGUCAUUCAAAUCGUACUUAAAACCUUUCAUGAAAUCGAACUUGUAAAUUUUGAAAAAAUAUUUAGGAUAGCUUUGGAAUAGGGGACCAGCGGUAGUUAAUUGUAUGAACAAAGUCAAAGUUGUGAUUGGUGUUUGUCUUGUAAAAAUGUUGAGAGUCAUUAUGUUUGUUAAUAAAAAAUUAAACAUUGAAA